UUUAUUUUUUUCUGCCUUGCCAUUUACAGUUAAAUGCUAAAUUAUUCGCCCUCCUGUGAAUUUCUUUUUCAAAUAUUUCCCAAAUGAUGUAUAACAGAGCAAGGAAAUUUUCACAGUAUUUCCUAUAAUAUUUUUUCUUCUGAAGAAACUCUUAUUUGUAUUAUUUCAGCUAUAAUAAAAGCAGUUUUUAAUAUUUUUAACCAUUUUAAGGUCAAUAUUAUUAGCCCCUUUAAAGCAAUACAUAUUUUUCGAGUCUACAUAACAAACCAUCAUUAUACAAUAACUUGUCUAAUUACCCUAACUUGUCUGAUCAACCUAGUUGAGUCUUUAAAUGUCACUUUAAGCUAAACACUAGUAUCUUGAAAAAUAUCUAGUAAAAUAUUAUUUACUGUCAUCAUAGCAAAGAUAAAAUAAAUCAGUUAUUAGAAAUGAAUUAUUAAAACUAUUAUGUUCAGAUAUGAAUCAUGUGAUAAGAUCAUUUCGAAUCUGUACCAGACAAUACACUAUAUGUUAGAGAUAAAUGGAAAAUGGAAGGAAAUCUGAAUAUCUCAGAUGAGGAUUGGGGGAAUAUUUGUAAAACUCAAUGGAAAUGUACCAGCUCAGCCAUGUGGAGUUAACUGGAAAAAUGUUCAUCACACCAUCACAGAAAAUACACAGAGCAAAGGGCAGUAGCUGCUGGAGAAUGUGUGAGGAAAAGUAGCUAAUCACUAUCAUGUUUUUUGGGGGAUUGUUAGAAAUUAACCUCAUACUGGAAAGAGAUUAAAAUACAUUUAGAUGCCAUUUUUGAAGUAGAAAAUUGCUUUCACUUGUGAAUCUUUAUAUUUAGGUAAUAUAAAUUUAAAAGGAUGGAUUAACAAAGACAAGAAACUGUUAUUCUUCUAGCAGCUAGUAAAAAAGUAAUUACAAAAAAUUAUUAAAAUUAGAUUUACCUACAGUUGAAGAAUGGAUUGAUACAGUGUGCACAUAUACUGUACUGGAUGUCAUGGAAAAACUAUUUGAUAUACUAUCUGAAUAUAUUAUUGUAAUUUGGAGUAAAUGGAUUGAGAAUAUGUCACCAAUAUGCCCAGAUUUUUCUUGAAUUGUAACAUUUUAUAUACCUCAUUCUGAGAAGAAUUGUAUGGUCCGUUUCCACUGAGUGGUACAGUAGGGUACGGUACUGGUCACCUUUAUUAGGCUUGCGUUUCCACUGCCUAAAGGGUAACAAGUCAUUCUGGCUCGAGGAAAUCUCGCUCAAAGAAAAGCUGUACGGGUCGUUCACAUGUCAUACGAGAAGCUCUUCUCACAAAACAGAUGCUUCAUACACAUAAACACUUGUGUAUAAAUGUUCAUUACUAACUUUUCUAUGAACAUGAGUUGAUUAUAACUGCAGAUCAAUGACGAAUAGCCUACUGUAAUGUCUGCAAUUAUAUAAAAUAAAUAAAUGAACAUAUAUGAACACAUACAGACCCUUGCAGUCUCCGAUAUGUUACCACUUAGAGGAAAAACUACACACAACAUACAUUUAGUCCUUAUUUGGGUUUACAAACAACACGCAACAUAUAGUCUACAGUCAGUGUAAACCUCUCAUCUCAUAUCUUUAAUCUUCACCAGCAUAUGUAACCUCUGUUAGAGAGUAAUUCUGUCAUUCCGAGUUCAUAAUAGUCCAAAAGGUGAUCAUAAUAGUUAAACAUGGCAGUUUGUUCAUAGUUUAGGUUGCUGAAAGAAUCAUUUGCUCCUUAGUUUUUUCCAGCUUCUCCUUUGUUUUUUCGCACGUCACUCUCGCGUUUGUCCGUUUCUGAAAGGAUCGGAUGUCAGAAGCACUUCAAUAAUCAUGCGCACGUUAAUAUCAUCAGCUCAAGAAGUUCGUUAUUUCAAAUAUAGAUGCACACACGAGCGAUUGUGACUCCCUGGAGAAAGUGUAACCGCUCGCACUUUUAGACGGCCUCUUAAAAUAAAAUCAGGACACGGCAGAUUUUGUUCUUCUUGGUUUUGUGGCUGUUCAUCAAGACAACGGAAAGGUUUGUUUGAGUUUGGGUCGACCAUGGCUUGUUGUUAUAUACAUAUAGUAUUAUGAUGUAACAUCUCAGCUGUGUAUUUAAAAAUGGCAGAUUCUUUGUUUUUGUUCUCCUGCUUGUGUAUGCGCAAGUGACGUUUCUCUGUAAACCAAUAGCUUUCAGUUGCGUGUCUAGCUCUGCCUUUUGGUACCCUUUUGUUGUCCGAUGCAAAGAGUACCGAAAAAGUGGUACGGUAAGGUUAGCUUUUUGGUACCUUUUGACAGUGAAAACAGCCUUAAAAGGGUACCGUAUCGUACCUUACCACUCAGUGAAAACAAGUCAUAAGUGUCUAAAUACAGUAUUUAUCUUUUAUUCUUUAAAGGCAGUCUUCUAAAGGAUUUGUAGCUCCCCAUCUUUUACUGUUUAUAGUUGUUGUUGUUAAAGGGAAGAAAACAGAAAGCAUAUGCAAGAUCUGUAAGUCUCUUUCUGUAUGAGAGAUUAUGUAAGUUGUCUAUGUAUUUUCUUUUGGAAACUCUAAAAAAACUAUUAUGUUUAGAAAUGUGUUGACAAAAAUCUUUCUGUUAAAGAGAAAUUUUGGGAAAAAUAUACAGGGGGGCUAAUAAUUCAGGAGGGCUAAUAAUUCUUACUUUAACUGUAUGUACAGCCUUCUUUUUGUGACAUUUUAUGUUGCUUUUUACAGAGCCAGUUCAAUACAUCUAUACGGCCAUACCUGACGUCCCGAAGUGUUACACUCCUACAACCAGGAGGAGAAGUGUGACGCCGGGGAAACAUGAAUCUGAUGAAGAGCAGGAGAAAAAAGCAGCAUACACCAUGAAGAUCAGUGUAGAAAAAGAUCUCCGCACUGGUGAGAGUCAUAUCCUCUCCACAACCACCAUCGCACCUCUGGAUCUCCAACAACAAGGCAUCAAAGUUUAUGAGGAUGGACUAAAAUCUGUCUACGCUUUGCCAUCUGAUGGACGAGACUCACGGAACAGCUUGAAUGAGAUGAGCCCUCUUGAAGUAGAGGAACUUCUGAUGAAAGCCACUGAGAAGAAAGACCCUGCAGAUGUUGAAUACCAUGAACCAGUGUUUUCAAGCCUGUUCAGUCGACCCACCAGCCCUACAGAAAGAGCAUACAUCAGCCUUUGUGGCCUUCAGAUGUCCAACAAAAACCAUAGUGAGGAAGAAAUCUUCACCAAGCAAGACAAUCUUUACAUUCCAACCACUAAAACCAAUCAGUAUUUGAGCUGCAACCAACUAGCUCAAAAUGGACCAUAUGCUAACAGCGAAAGCACAACCAGGAUCAGCCCUGCAUCUUCUCCCAUACAAGAUUGUGAGGAACAGCUAAGAAUAACUCCAACUGCAGACUCAGGAUUGGGAUUUGGACGAUAUUCUCCUCCAAAUCCAAAGGAAGAACCUAGUGUUGUCAACUGGAUAAAUUCUCUGCCACAUGAGGAGAAAACGGCUGAACCGGUUACCAUGAUCUUCAUGGGUUAUCAGAAUGCUGAAUCUGAUGAGGAAGAUGAAGGAAUACAGGCUGAACUAGUAGUUAUUAGUGAUGAUGAUGAAGAUCCUGAAGAUCUUUCGUAUCACCCUUUGGGCUACCAUAGUAAGAUCUUCAAACCCAACUCUACAGUAUAUCGCUCUGAGAUCAGACCUGGUGCCAUCAGAUCCUUCAACUCUGGAAGACACACAUUUGGAAAUGAAAGCGAAGCCCCGAUAGCCACAGAACUGCCAGUCAAAUUGUCUCAGCUAGGAAAGUACAUGUAACCUCUUCAAAGCAAGAUUGCAAGGUCUCAGCUCAUCUCGUUUUUGCUGAUAAGGAUGGAAACGGACUGAGAGACUUAUUCAUAAAAAAUUGCAGUGCCAAAAACACACGUCAUUUAUUAUUUAAUUCAUGUUGUACAGUACAUUAUGUUUUGUUCAGUUGACUGCUCUGUAAUUUAAGAUGUUUUAGGCCAUUUAUUUCUGUUCUUUUUUUAUUUUAAUUGGUUUGAUUGUCAGAAAAGAGAUUUUUUUUGUUCUGUCCUCUCCUAAAGCCUGCGCUCUGCACAUGAAAAGAUUACUAUCAAGUAACUUACUCUAAUUGUAACUGACUGUACUCUAUUAUUAAAUAGCACGUCAUGAUUUUCCCAUGUACGAUGCGAUCCUGGAUUAACAUCUAUGCUGAUUCUGUAAAAUGCAAUUCAUAUCCUAUUCCCUACCCCAAAACCCAACCAUAACAGUAAAUUAUUUCCAAAAUCAGAGGAGAAUAAUAGUUGGAUAACAAUCAUGUACAGUAGACGUGCAUAAACUUAACCGUAGCCCUAAACUUAACAUAAACUGUAAACAUAUCCCUUAAUUCUGAUUGGCUGAUUGGACUGUUGUUCCAGGAUCAACGUUGAUGUUAAUCCAGGAACAUGUCCUACUUGGUGAAAUAAGGUUGGCGAUAAUUAAUCAACACUACAGAUGUUAAACUUACAUUAAACAUAUUGAGGUAUUUUGCCAGUAUACACUAUGUAUACAAUAAAAUACAACAGAGGAACAACAUAAUUUACUUAUUUAGUAAUGUUGCUAUAUUUUCUAGCAAACUCGAACUAGCACUUUACAUUUUAUUCAGCAAAAUUAUGUAAUGUAAUGUGCAUUUAUAUAGCGCAUUUAUCGCGUAUGGCCAUACACCCAAAGCGCUUCACAAUCAUGAGAGGCGACUCUCCGUACAACCACCAGUGUGCAGCAUCCACUUGGAUGAUGUGACGGCAGCCACAGGACAACGGCUAUUGGUGGAUUGGAAAGAUAGUGAUAGAGCCAAUUCUGUGGAUGGGGAUGAUUGGGAGGCCGAUGGAGGAAAUUUGGCCAGGACACCGGGAUUACAUCCCUACAUGGGAUUUUUAAUGACCACAGGACCUCAGUUUAAUGUCUCAUCCGAAAGACACCACUCACUGACAUUAGUGUCCCCUUCACUAUACUGGGGCAUUAAGACUCACACAGACUGCAGGUUGAGCGCCCUCUGCUGGCCUCACUAACACCACUUCCAACUAGUUUUCCCAUGUGGUCUCCCAUCCAGGUACUGACCAGGCUCAGCCCUGCUUAGCUUCAGUGAGUAACCGGUCUUAGGCUGCAGGGUGAUAUGGCAGUGGAUAAUAAUUUACCUUAAAUAUUAAGAUGUUUUUAUUUUCUGGCAGAUCAUUUCUGGCAGUUAAAUAUUAAUCUACAUAAUUGGUUUUUGAGUGAGAUGUAGACUGAGUUACUACAUAGUUAACUAAAACAGUAAAAUAUAUAUACUUUUUGAUGUAAAAAAAUGGAAAUCCCUAAAUUUCAGAACAAAAGAACAAAAACAUUCUCAUUUGCUUUGAAUUAAGAAGUGAAAUACACAUUAAACCAUAUAUAAAAUAUGCAAAUCACAAAAACAUAUAACAAAAUUACAAAAAAACAAACAAACAAAUGUUUAAUUGAAUUUAAAUUUAAUUUAAAUUUAAAUUUGAAAUACUAAAAAUAAUUAAUAACCACUACAUUGAUUACUCAAAAAGUAGUUGACCCACUAGAUAACAUAAUCAAGGAAAACAACACAGCUAACUCAAUCAAUAUUCCCCUAAAUAUUCCAUAAUUCAGUGGUGGGAAACCUACGUAUGGCUCGCGGGCCACAUGUGGCUCUUUGACCAAAAAUAUGCAGCUCUCCAGCUGUCUCCCUUAAAUAAUAUUUUACAGUUUAAAUAUUAUACCUGUCACUAGAAAUCUGUUUUCUAUUGAAAAAUAACUACAAUUCCCUUUUUAUUGUACUUUUUUUUACAGCAAAAUGAAUAAGAACUCAAUUUACAAUGAAAGGGUGUUUCGACCAAUGCAUGUGUGCGGCGCUGUGUAUUAACAUACAAUGGCUAUAGGUUGUUUCAAUCAUGUGGUUCUGGUGACGCGUGGAAUUCAGAUGAAAUUCAGAAUGGUAGUAUAGUAGUAAUUAUAUUGUUGAUGUGGUACAACACAACUGUAGUAAUAAACAAGUUAUUCAAUAGGCUUUAGUUUUCCACAUUAUAAUUAUACACCAUCACAUUAUGCACCAAAGUUUAAAUUAACGAUACAGUGUUUAUUAAAGUUUAUCAGUUUACUAUGCUACAGUAUGUUCUGAUAGCGAUUCCUAUGUAGAAGAAUCACUUCCUGCCCUCCAUCUGAAUUUUGCGUGUCAUCAAUGACAUCAUGUGAAAACAACCUAUACAUACAAUCGAAUAUGUACAGUGGAAGUCAGAAUUAUUAGCCCCCCUUUGAAUUUUUUUCUUUUUAAAAUUUUUCCCAAAUGAUGUUUAUAUAAUAUAUAUAAUAUUUUUUCUUCUGGAGAAAGUCUUAUUUGUUUUAUUUUGGCUAGAAUAUAAGCAGUUUUUAAUCUAUUUAAAAACAUUUUAAGGUCAAAAUUAUUAGCCCCUUAUUUUUUUCAAUAGUCUACAGAACAAACUAUCGUUAUACAAUAACUUGCCUAUUCACCCUAUCCUCCCUAGUUAACCUAGUUAAAACUAUUAUGUUUAGAAAUGUGUUGAAAAAAUCUUUUCUCCAGUAAACGGAAAUUGUGGGAAAAAAUAAACAGGGGGGCUAAUAAUUCUGAGGGGCUAAUAAUUCUGACUUCAACUGUAUAUACCCCAACUGAUCUUUAAAAGAAAAUGCCCCAAAAAUCAGAAAUGGUUCUUUGAUGAAAAAGGUUCCUGACCCCUGCCAUAAUUUAAUAUAAAAUUUUCACCAAAGGGCGUGUCAGUGGGGGACUGACAAAGUUCAGUGUAUCGCCAUGAAGGAGGAAUUACUUAUUACUUAUAACAGACAUACAAUGUCUGAUCUGCCUGAAAAUAGACAGGUUCAAUGAGAUUCCUCUUCUGAAGACCUCUACAUGUCAAUAUUGAAUCAGUCAUAGCGCCACCUGCUGAUCUGUGAUUUUCUCAGUUUUUUUAUAUAUAGUUGAAGUCAGAAUUAUUAGCCCCCGUUUGAUUUUUUUUUAUAUUUCCGAAAUGAUGUUUAUCAGAGCAAGGAAACUUUAUAGUAUGUCUGAUUAUAGUUUUUCUUCUGAAGAAAGUCUAAUUUGUUUUAUUUCGGCUAGAAUAAAAGCAGUUUUAAUUUUUUUUAAACUGUCAUCAUGUCAAAGAUAAAAUAAAUCAGUUAUUAGAAAUGAGUUAGUAAAACUAUUAUGUUUAGAAAUGUGUUUAAAAAAAUCUUCUCACCAUUAAACAGAAAUUGGGGAAAAAAGUAAACGGGGAAGAAUAAUUCAGGGAGGCUAAUAAUUCUGACUUCAACUGUUUAUCAGCUUAAAUUAUUCUUGUCCACUGUUCUCUGUCAUCCAAAGGCCACCAGGCUGCGAUGAGCCUGGAUGUGAGGUCCCUUUCAUCGCUGCUCGCAGCUUUAACAAUUGUUUUGUAUAGUUUUAAGAAUUUUGUGCUUAAAUUUAAGCAAAUAUUUAAGCAAAAAUUUAAGCAAAUAAGUAAACAAAACAGAGUAUAU